UAGGUUUAUUUUCAUUUAGAGGAAAGAGUUUAGAACCUUGUGAAAGUUAAUAAUUCAACUGCUCGCAUCACAUGAAGGUCAUGCGCAUAGCAGCGUUCAACGUAAUGCCAGAGGAACUUUACCUUCUAGUCAUUAAACACGGAAAUCGUCAAAAUUAGACAAAGCAUCAAUAGUAAAAGGGAGAUACCGACCUGUAUUACGGCCGUAAAAAUCCCAGAUAAACCACCGACAAGUCAGAGGCAUGGCGUCGGCAAAUGAAUUUAUUGUCGCUCUGUCAAUGGUUUGCUUCUGUCAAACUGUUCAUGCUACGCCAAAUGCAACAAACUUCGAGUCAUCGAGCCUACCAUAUGAUCCUCGAUUGAACCCGAGUGUUGGUAAUGGAUAUUUGGCCACUGCAGUUUACAGCGACACGGUUUAUGUCUCUGGGAUCUUCAACGGGCGUGGGACAGAAACUCCGAGUCACAGGGCGAGAAUUCCUUCCACGUCGGCGAUCGUCGUACGAACCAAUCUCUCCUCUAAUGCCACUGAAGAGCUCUUCAGCCUUAAUGUGGCACAAGGGGUGUUCUAUCACAGGCUUCACGUGGAUAACUUUACCUUAGAACAGCGAAUGUAUGCUCAUCGGGUUCACCAGCAUUUGCUUGUCACGGAGAUAGCCUUUCAAAACAACAUGCGCGACACAGUAAGUUUGUUUAUGACUAAUGUUUACGGACCGCCGAGCGUUGAUAUUGAUUUCAAAAGAGAUGAUUUUCCACGUAAAUCUCUGGAUGACCUUAAGAUCAAUUCCAUAUCUGGGUACAUUAAGAUAACAGAGGAGCCGACCAGUCCGAAGGAGGGGGUCGCUGUUGUCUGGGGGGAUAUACCCCCUCGUUUAGACAUCCGUCCUUCCUCGGAGAUCCAAACCUUUUACUUUAUCACGGCAAUAGCGACUAGUUUAGACGCUAAGGAUUUCUUGACGAGCGCGCAUCAAGCUUAUAAAGAUGCUAUGGAACAACCGGAAAAGCUCCUUGAGAGUCACAUUGAGGCUUGGAAAGAACUUUGGGACGCGGGCCGCAUUGAUUUGGAGGGCAAUCUUACAUUGGCUCAGACAGUUUCCGGGAGUCUUUAUUACACACUCAGCUCCCUUCGCUCCUCGAGGAUUUUCGGUCUGAGUCCCGGAGGCCUGGCGACUGAUGGAUAUGAUGGUCACGUGUUCUGGGAUCAGGAGACGUGGAUGUUUCCCCCGCUUCUCCUUCUACACCAAGAUUUGGCGCGAACGUGUCUCGCUUACAGGUUUGAGCGGCUCCAAGCAGCUGAAGAAAAGGCUAAGAAAUAUGGAUUCCGAGGAGCAAUGUUUCCAUGGGAAAGUGCUGUGACUGGUUCAGAAGUGUGCCCCGGGGAGAUUUACUCCGAUUACGAGCAACAUAUCACAGGCGAUAUUGCAUUCGCAGUCAGGCAGCUAUGGAUGGCAUCAGGAGACCAACAAUGGCUCCGGAGCCAGGCCUUUCCCCUUAUUCGAGCCACUGCGGAAUUCUGGGCGAGUCGCGCGAUCUACAACGACUCCAAAAGAGGUUACGUCAUUUACAACGUUAUGCCACCGGACGAAGAUGCUGAAGUCGUGAAUAACUCGGCCUAUACUAACAUGAUCGCCAAACUAAAUCUAGAAUUCGCCCACGAGGUCCUUCCGAAUGCCUCCGAAAAUUGGAAAACCAUAGCACAGAACAUGUACAUACCGUUUGAUUCCACAAACGACUAUCACCCCGAGUACGAUGGGUACCAAGGGAUCGAGGUAAAACAAGCCGACGUUAUCCUACUCGGAUAUCCACUAAUGGUAAACAUGAGCUCGCAGUUACGACGAAAUGAUCUGAGUUUCUACGAGCCCAGGACGAAUCCGCGGGGGCCCGCCAUGACCAAAUCUAUGUUCGCCAUUAACUGGUUAGAUAUCGGUGAAAAUUCUCGAGCAGAGAAGUCUUUCAAUGCUAGUUACGUAAACGCAAAGAUUCCCUUUAUGGUUUGGACCGAGAGUGCGGACGGUGGGGGUGCUGUGAACUUCAUCACAGGAGCCGGCGGAUUUCUUCAAUCCAUUCUUUUUGGUUAUGGCGGACUGCGUCUGCGCGAUAGAAGACAACUUCAAUUCAACCCCAAGCUUCCACCCGGGAGCACUGGAUUAAAGUUUGUGGGUAUCGAUUACCAUGGAAACAGCAUAGACUUUGUGAUUUCCGCAUCGCAUUCGCAGAUUGUUGUUACGUCACGCCAACAAUCAGCCCCAGUUCUCCAGGUGACAGUUCUCAGCUCAAAGGAGAAGUACCGUUUAGAGAUUGGGGAGAAAAUUGAAGUGUCCAAUGAACCACUUAUAAUAAGCCCUCUCCAAGCUAACAAAAUAACUGAAAUAAAACUUUUCGUGGAGACGGUAUUAACAUAAAUGUCGAUCACUUGAAUAGUCAAUAGAUCCUGCCUAAAAUUACCGGAAACCACUUCACUUCCCAGGCCCCCAAGCACCUAAUGGAACUAAUACUCAACGACUGUUCUCCGCAAAAUAGUAUUUAAUAGCGAAUGUCUGUGACUACACUGGUAUACAACUCUGCUAAAUAAAUUAUAUAAUAAUAGUUAACAUAACACUUCUGGGAAAUACAAUACAAUACAAUAUAAUGCUAUCUUUGCGUCACAUUUCCAAAUCGGUCAUUGUUCAACCAGAUAUAUUACAAAUAAACACUCCAGAUUUCAA